AUGGACCAGGACACGUCUCACUUUGUCAACAUGGACCAGGACACGGCUCACUCUGUCAACAUGGACCAGGACACGUCUCACUCUGUCAAUAUGGACCAGGACACGGCUCACUCUGUCAACAUGGACCAGAACAUGUCUCACUCUGUCAACAUGGACCAGGACACGGCUCACUCUGUCAACAUGGACCAGGACACGUCUCACUCUGUCAAUAUGGACCAGGACACGGCUCACUCUGUCAACAUGGACCAGAACAUGUCUCACUCUCUCAACAUGGACCAGGACACGGCUCAAUCUGACAACAUGGACCAGGGACAUGGGAGCAGAGUGAAGUGCUGGCUACAGUGGUGCCGAAGCCUCCCCUCGGCUCCCAGGGGCCCCCGCUCUGAGGGGGACAGACGAACGGCUAUUUAUGGAUCCGCUGAAGAGGAAGAGGACGAGCAGAGCGAGCCACAUGACAGAGAGGAAGGCCCCUCGUCCUGUGUGUGUGCGACAGGAGGAAGGCCCCUAGUCCUGUGUGUGCGACAGGAGGAAGGCCCCUCGUCCUGUGUGUGCGACAGGAGGAAGGCCCCUCAUCCUGUGUGUGCGACAGGAGGAAGGCCCCUAGUCCUGUGUGUGCGACAGGAGGAAGGCCCCCUCGUCCUGUGUGUGUGCGACAGGAGGAAGGCCCCUCGUCCUGUGUGUGUGCGACAGGAGGAAGGCCCCUCGUCCCGGUUCAUGCUGUUGUUGCCUCUUUGA